AUGGACCAACUGGCGAACAAAAAAGACAGACGGCUUGCCGGGUUUGAUGAUGUUUCUUUGGGUUCUAUGUGCGUACCCAUUGGGCCAUCCAAACGCCGUACCUGCUACCUAUGGCCCUUGAGUCUGACCAGAUUCGCAGGCGGCCUUCCAUUCGGGGUGUAUGCGAUUGCUCAGAACUUUAACAUACCUCUCCAAGUGCAGCCGCAGAUCUUCAUGGCUCUUUGCCUCGUGUCAUGGGCGCAGAUCCUUCUUUACCAUCGGUACGGUACUUUUUGGGGGUCUCAUCCAAGGGGACAAUCACUGAUGCUGCAUGAUAGCAACUGGCCUGCGUGGAAGGCUUCGCUGUUGGGUCUUGCGGUAGCCAUCAUCUUCGCGGGUGUUGAAGCCGCGCUGAUACUCACGUUAAAGCCGAUAUACGACCGAGGCAACGAGGUCCCGAUCAUGGUAGUAGGGAUAAUAGCUGCCGUUCUCCUCGCCGCCGGGCUUCUCCCACCAUACGGAGAGUUGUGGAAGCGGAGGGGGAGAGUAAUCGGAAUCAACUGGGGUUCCUUUAUUGAUGAGCUGACAAAUGCAGUUACCCAAAAUACCUUCGACGUCCUCGGGGGCGUCCUCUACAUCGUGUGCUGUAUUCUGGAGAUUGGCAUCUUCUCAUCUCACCUGAUAUGGCUGGCACGGACACGGAAGAUCCGGAAAGCAGCGGCUGCCGAAGGGAAAACCUUCGACGAUGUUGCCGCAGAGCAUGAGAUGCAUGGGACCCCGUUCAAAUUCGCUGAGAGGAAGGGACAAGGCCUUAGACUUUGGGGUAGUGGCACCUCCAACAAACCGAGCGGCAAGACACAAAGGAUACCCACAGACAGUGGUGAGGCGCAAAUGCAAGACGUGAAGCGAGAUUCAUAA